GAUCUUACCGCGUCACCCACACCUUCCUCCUCCGCCGCUCCCACCUCCACACCCACGACGCUACUCGAAGCCUCUUCAGUCUCACAUCUCCGUCUCCUUCCGGCUCUCACAACUUCCCCCUCUCCGGAUUGCGCGGCCUGCUGAAUGAAUCGGAUCUCGUUCUUCUUCGCAUCCGUUUCCUGUGAUUUUGUUACCGUUUCGGUUGGUUCAUUUUUCAUUCUUCAAGCUCGUUAAUGACCGUUAAUGAUCUCCUUACUGAACGGCGGCUCAGUCAGGGGCCCGGUUUUAUUCGUGUGGUUGCUUGUGAGCUGCAAGAAGUUGCUCCUCAAACCAAAUAAAGAUUUUUUAUUUUUCAGAAAUCGCAGGAGGUACAUAAGGCUUGCAAUAAGAGUGUGACACUAUAUAUUUUCGUCUGUGGCCACGUGUGCACAUUUCUAUGCGAAGAGUGUACCAUAAAAGUUCUCCAGUGCAUGUAAUCAUAGGUUGCUUGUCUUCUGUUUCGAUAGCCAGCAGAAGCAAGCGGUUCUAUAGUGAAGAUGUAACUCAUAUGCCAGUCAUAAAAGACCCUGAGCUUCGCAGUGUCUUCAAGGAUUUAUUGGCUGCCAAUUGGGAUGAGCUUCCCAACUCUGUUGUCCAUGAUGUGAAGGCUGCAUUGUCUAAAAGCACUGACGACACAGCUGGCAAGGAGGUUGUGGCAAAUGUUUUCCGUGCGGCCGAAGCAGUUGAGGAAUUUGGUGGUAUCCUUGUAACUUUAAAGAUGGAAAUUGAUGACUCAAUUGGACUGAGUGGUGAGGAUGUCAAGCCCUUGUCAGAUGAGCUUAAGAAUGCACUUCAAACAGUUUACAAUCGCUACAACACUUAUUUGGAUGCAUUUGGGCCCGAUGAGACCUAUUUGCGGAAGAAAGUGGAGACAGAGUUGGGAACAAAGAUGAUACAUUUGAAGAUGAGAUGCAGUGGACUUGAUUCUGAGUGGGGAAAGAUCACAGUUCUUGGAACUUCAGGACUCUCUGGAUCAUAUGUUGAGCAUAGAGCUUAGACCCAUGGUUUUUGGGAAGUUCAAUGUUAAUAUCCAGAAUUGUGUUUAGGAUAAUGUUUUUCACAAUGGAAACAGGCUGGGUUUCUGAUUUUGGGUGGGUGUGAUAUGUUGGUGUGGACCACUGUGCAUGCUUGAGUUGAAGUACUCAUUUUGGGGAAAAUUUAUUUUGGGUUUCUGAUUUUGGAUGUGAUUUAUUUUGGCGUGGACCAUUUUCGCAUGUCGCAAGUGAUUUUAGACAAUUGAUUGUUGGGAGUGAUGGAGUAGAUAAGGAUGAAGAUUCUUUUUUCUUUUUUUUGAUA